UUUCUGAUGGCCAUUAAUGGUCCUGUUGCAAACAGAAAUGCUGCUUAUUCCUCUCGUGCUGGUGUUUGCAGGAGUUUCUCAUGGUAAGAUGCCAUGAAUCUUAUGAGUAAAUACAAUUUAUUUGGUAUUAUAUGUUUUAAGAAAAUAGUCUGAGGCACUGUAUGAGUAAUACACUCAACUAAUAUAAACAAAAGUAAGUGUGUUCAUAUAUGCUGAUUUAUAUACAGUAUAUGCUUCAUAGUCCAAUACAUAUUACUAUACCAAUGUAAACCUAUUUAAAAAAGGAUAACAUGGGUAUCUCUUUGGAAAUCCAAAUAUGAGAGGCUGUACUUAAUCAAAGAUUGUGUUCCUGUUAGAAUUUUACUGAACCUCAAAAUAAUUAAUAUUUUGUCACAUUUAUGCAGCUGCUGAUGUAAAUUAUAUCAGGUAAAAGCAAAUAACUUUGGGAAAAACUAUUUUUUUUGGCAUUACUGUUAAAUUACCUAAAUAGUCAUGUCAUCAGCAUUUGUAUUUUAGGGUAAUAUUGAGUUAAUGGCUCAAUAGAUAGCUUAUGGUAGUUGAAAGAAUAUCCUGAGGCUCUAGUCUAAAACUGACCUGUUUUAUUCAGUUUUAUCUACAGAAACCAAGACUGUCUGUGAUGCGACCCAGUUUGCUACAUGUCAUGGGACCCUGGGAGAACCUACAUAUUUACAGUUGCUGCCAAGUGCCGUUGGACAUCAAUUACUUUGCAAGAAAAUGACUCAGAAUGGUCUUACAGGGGUUUUUAGAUUAAAAAAGAACCAGACUGUGUUCUUCAAUGAGUCCUUCACCUCACCUAUACAGGACCGAUGGCACUUUGUUGCUGCAAACGGUACAAUAAUGAUCAACCCAGCAACAAAGAGAGACUCAGGAACAUACAGAGUAGAGAUCCACAAUGAAGAAACAGGGGCGCUUGUGGCAAAUACCACAAUACAGCUGAUUAUUUUGGGUACACACAGUACUGUGAGAUCCAUUUUGACUGACAGGACCGACAACCCCAGCAAGAUGGAAACACGUGUUUGUACCCACAGUACUGUGAGAUCCAUUUUGACUGACAGGACCAACAACCCCAGCAAGAUGGGAACACGUGUUUACAUGGUCAGUUUAAUAGCAGCUUCACUUGGCGUGGUCCUGCUGUGUGUGACUGUGUAUGGGGGAGUAUACUAUGUCUGCCAGAGGAGGACACACACACCCAAACCAGCUGAGUCUGUUGAAGUGGUGUAUGCUGAGAUCACCGUGCUGAAAAGAGAGAACAAGCAGCCGGAACAGAGAAUGAAGGAGGAGGAGGGCAGUGUAUAUUCGACCCAUAUGAGUUUUUCAGUGGCCAAGGCCGAUGCCGAAGCCGAUUAGAGAACAGGGUGGCCGAUGGCCGCUAUAUAUAUAAUACCGAUAUCAUGUUGUUUGUUGCCGAACUUAAAUUAACAUUUAUUUAACACGGU